CUGAUGGGGCGCGGGACACACGCCUGCUAAGAACUCUUCCAAGUCUGAUAUUUUAAUCACCCCUCUCGCCACCCAGUCUAGGCCCAUGUGUGUGAUAGUGAGUAGUUAUGCAUGUGCGCAAUUGAUACCAAAGUGAGGCUAUAAGGAGCAAGUAACUCGUCUUCAACCACUUGAGAAGAUUGAAUGUAGAAGGGGAGACAAAAAAGCGAAAGUACUCUGGGGUGAACGAGGAUUACAAAGUUUGUGAUUCCAAGAAAAGAGAAGAUACAAAGGGAGAGAAUAACGUCAACAGUUUGAACACUUCAAGAACAGAAACAAGAAAGUUACUUUUAUCGAAGAAAAACAUCAGAAACGUGUAGGUGUUGGUCAGUAGAGUAGCACCGUUCUAAUGGCUAACCAAAUCUUAGCAAAGGCUUCAAGCAUUAUGGCAGUCUUAGCGUGUGUCCUAAUUUUCGUAACCUUCGUCCAGUCUCAAGGUUUAAGCCAAGAUGAGGAUGAGUGCGGAGGCUGCUGGUCGGAAAUGGAAGAUGUUCUAACAACAGCUUCAGAUUAUCUCAAAGGAGACUUUUACAGACAUCGAGAUCACGUGACUGAGCACGAAAGACCUAGAGCUUCCAGGAGGUUAUCGUAUAGCGUCUUCAGGAGAUCCUUGGACUCCAACAGUGUCGAGUGUGACUCAUGCUGGAUUGUAUUAGAAAGGCUUAGAACAUACAUUCAAAACAGCAGAGACAAAGAUGUAUCUAACCUUGGGCACCUCGUUAAGAAAGCAAUGUUGAACAAUGGCUGGGUGUAAUUGUCAAGCAAUCUUAAAUAAACUUACAUUGAACUAUUUGACAUCUCGACAACACACGCCAAGACAAGAAAUUAAAUCUCCAUAUUUUUUUUUGGACGAGACCAACUUUUUUUUUGUUUUGAAUAUUGAAAACGAUAUAAUGAAAUUGUUUUGUCGCUGGGUGAAUGUAGUGUAAGAGAGAUUGUUUUGAAUGGAAGGCUGUUUUAUUAAAACGUACACAAGUGUAUCGACGUCACCUAUUUUUACAGCCUAUAGUAGACUGGUUUAGGUCUAGAACAUAAAAUAGGGUGUAGUGUUGGUUUGAAAAUGUAGAGUUAAAAAUGGAAUGAAUAUUUGAAGAGAAAAAAACAUAAUCAGAUACACAUUUAGUAAAAUGGUAUGUCUACAUGCUUUCAAAAGAUGUCUUGUAGAAACAGUUCUUUACAGAGCCUUGUCUCUGUUACAAGAGCAAUGUCUUUUUAGAUUUUAAUUGACAAUAUUAUGAGAAUUACAUAAACUGCCAUACAUGUAAAAGUGUGCUUUAAACAAAAUUAAAGAUUUACUUCACUUUAAGGAAGUACUGGAUCUUGCGAUGAUAUUUUCAACAUUUUGUUUAUUGCAUCUCCUUUGUUGGUCCACUCUCAGACACACACACACACACACACACACACACAUCAAAUAAUUAAGAGAAUGAUAAACGCAAAUUGUUUCGGUUGACCUAAUAUAAGAGAAGCUUUUUUUGGCAUUGUUUUUAGAAUUUGUAUAACUGUCCCAUCAAGAAGGACUGUUAAUCAACAAAAACUGAAUCCUCGUAGACAAGAAAAUUACUGUACAUGGAAACAGGUAAAGUUUUUAAAAAAUGAUUAUCGAUUGAGUGAAUAUAUGAGAUGUAUCAGUGUUUUGAACAUAUCUAUAGACAAAUUAUUCAUCUUGGUUUUAGGCGGCUGUCUUCUGUUUACGGUAGUUGAACAUUUUACCUUUGAAUUUGAUAUAAUGUUAAAAUCCUUCAGAUAAUAAAUCAGUUCAGAUGUUCAAAUGUU